AUGCGACGCGUGCUCGAGGUAGUGACGUCCAAUACGUCCGAGUCAGAACAGAAAUGUCGAUCCGGCUACGGAUGCAUGGCACUCGGGGGAAAUCCAGUGAUUCCGGUCGUAAAGCGUGUUCGUAUCGCAUCGGAAGGCAACGACGCACUCGUUUCGCGGACCGACACGGCGUCGCCGGCGACUGUGAUGCAGUUAAGUGCUUUCUGUCCACCCGACUCUGGUGUAAGCAACGUCAGCUGCGACGUCGUAAAGCGCGCAACGAAUGGCCGCCCAUACGGCGUAAGCACCGUUCCGUCUCCCGAUGGUCUAUUU